AUCCUCUAAAGUAUUUUUUUUGCCUCUCUUUAGCUACCCACCUCAAGUCAUUCAUUCUCUACGCAUCUCACUGCAAGUCUCUCAAGUGUUUCACUUUUCUUGAAAUCCUUAGAAAUAUGUUUUGGUUUUCAUACCCCCUAUGUAUCGCCACCCUCUUCACUCUUGCUGUUAGCUCUAAAGGCAGACUAGACAAACGUGCCGAUAUUGGUAAUCUACCACCUUGUUCUUCUGUCUGCUACUUUGAUGCUCUUUUCAAUAAUAACGGGGGAUGUCCAAUGUCUGAUCCCGGUUGUCUUUGCGGUCAACAAGAAUUCCGGGACUCACUGAAUAAUUGCUUUUAUUCAUCUUGUUCCUUUGAGGCAGAUGAAUCUUCAAACCGUGUAAACUAUGCUUGCGCUUAAGCUUAGUUUGAUCACCCUCCUUGGUAACUACCAACCCAACAUGGACUUCUCCACAUACCCUGAUCUUCCUUUCGGUGACUCUGCCUCAAGGGAUGGUAGCCGCCUAUACCAUCUUGAGGCGUCAGGUGGAGAUUGUGAUAUUUCUUUUGAUUUUCGUUUUAAGACGCACUCCUUUGCAUAACCUUCAUAUUUAUUAAUACAUUGUUACCAGGUUCAAAUAAUUACAAGUCGAUAUAAUUCUAAAGCAUCAGCAAUAGACAAUUUCUCUUGUUCUUGACUUGUUGUCCCAACAGAAUUUCUAUCCACCUCCUAUAUUUGAAAGUUUAUCCAGAUUUCCGUAAGACCCACACAAAUGCAUGCAUAUCAUUUAUUUUCGAAAAUCUCAGGCCAAAUCAUCACAUUCUCAGUGAUGAUUUGUGAUACAUAG